AUGAACGAGUCCGUGAGUACCUACGCACACAAACAACACACAAGAGACACACACACGUCUUUGCCGUGCAUUGCCUUGUCCACACGUGCUGGACAGGGGAAACAUUCUGCUGUCCCUUCGCCCAUCGAGCGCCAUCAAGAUGCCUUUCGGCAUACACAUCUCAGGCAAGGUUCGUUCGUACGAGCAUUUAUAUAGCAUUUAAUUGGUGCACGUGUGUGACGUCACCCUGCCCGUGGAUGCAGGCGGGCAAGAUGCUGCAGACGGAGAUAUCUGCACACAACCUUCAGCUGAUUGAUCUGUCCAGAAUAGCUGACGUUACUGACCGCUUUGUGGCCGAAGAGUGCAAAGACAAGACACAAUUCGAUGGUUCCUCGGUUGGCAGGCAUCUCUUUGGCAUCCUGCAAAUCAUGCUUAUGCGCACCCCGGCCGAUGCCAACGCCAUGAGCAUGAUGGCUGUGGUGCUGGAUCCUAGCAAAUCAUGUUUCGUCCACAGUUGCGACGCCCCACCUCUUCUGAUCCGCCAAUGGCUCAACACAGACCAAUAUCUUGAGGCCGCCCCAGGUACGCACACACAUACAACAAACAAAGAUAUCUCAUGUGUUGUCUAACUCUAAGUGCCUGUCUCGGGCAGAGGUACGUGCCCGAGUGGAGGAGUACCUGAAAGGCGUGGCGCAGUUCUUCUCAAGAAGUGGGAAGGACCACCGGGGAUACUACAGCAGACAUCCACAGGAGAGACGCCCGACUUUGGCGGCGGACGACACAAGUGGAAUUCUGGAUUGGAUGAUUUCCACUUGUUCGGUCCUGGGGGAGGAGACAUUCAUGCGGGAGAUGGCCGCUAUUGCACUCAGUGGUGGCAAAACGACAAGGAUGAAAUCGAUUUCAGCUGCCUACAUACCAGAGGGAUGGGAGUGACGAUGGGAGUGAGCGAUGAAUACGAGGCAUGGAUUUCGACGCGUGUUCAUAAGUGCGCGACCGGGACAAGACUCAGCGUCAUUGUACAACUCCAUGCAGACAAAUGCGUCGCUUUGUCAACGGAAUGGGGCGUCAGGG